AUGUCCGCCUUGACCUCUAUGCGCCCAACCCUGGGCCUUGCCCGCACCGCCGCCCAGGCUUCGCGCAACUUCAGCUCCUCCGCUUCGCGCUCCGUUGCCCGCAUGAUCAUCACUGGCCGCCUUGCCAACGAGCCCGAGUUGCAAUCCACUGCCUCUGGUCAAGAUAUCCUCAAGUACACUAUCGGCACUUCCUUCGGACCCAAGGAUAACCGACAGACGAGUUGGUUCCGUGUGGCGAGCUUCCUUCCCGAGGGAAACCAGCGGGAUUACAUUAUGAGUCUGCCCAAGGGGACUCUUGUCUAUCUGGAGGGCGAUGCUAGCAUGCGCAGCUACGAGGAUGCCGAUGGCAAGAGACACUCUUCUUUGAACAUUGUCCAGCGCUCUCUCGAGGUCCUUAGCCGGCCCGCGAACACCUCCGAGGAGCAGUAA